CCCCCGAGCUCGUCCGGAGCGCGCCGCCGCCCGCGCCCGCCGCGGAGCCUCCCGGCCGCGCCCGCCGGCGAGCAAGAUGAUGUGCGAGGUGAUGCCGACCAUCAGUGAAGCAGAAGGUCCCCCCGGAGGAGGCGGGAGCCACGGGUCCGGCUCCCCCUCGCAGCCAGACGCGGAUUCCCACUUUGAGCAACUCAUGGUCUCCAUGCUGGAAGAGAGGGACCGGCUCCUGGACACGCUGAGGGAGACUCAGGAAACCCUGGCGCUGACCCAGGGGAAGCUGCACGAGGUUGGCCACGAGCGAGACUCCUUGCAGAGACAGCUCAGUACCGCACUGCCCCAGGAGUUUGCGGCACUCACGAAGGAGCUCAAUGUCUGCAGGGAGCAGCUCCUGGAGAGGGAGGAAGAGAUCGCUGAACUGAAGGCGGAGCGGAACAACACCAGGCUAUUGCUGGAACAUCUGGAAUGCCUGGUCUCCAGACACGAGCGCUCUCUCAGGAUGACAGUGGUGAAGAGACAGGCACAGUCUCCYGCAGGUGUGUCCAGUGAGGUGGAAGUGCUCAAAGCGCUGAAGUCACUGUUUGAACACCACAAGGCUCUGGAUGAGAAGGUGAGAGAGCGACUGCGAGUGGCACUGGAGAGGUGCAGUCUCCUGGAAGAAGAGCUGGGAGCAACACACAAGGAGCUGAUGAUUCUAAAGGAGCAGAAUAAUCAGAAGAAAGUGGCGGCAGGGGGAGUGCCUGACGCAAGCCAUGAGCAGGAGAGCACGCCCAGCACCAAUGGAAAGAGAUCUUCUGACGGCUCCUCCAGCCACGAGGAAGACCUGGCUAAAGUCAUCGAGCUCCAGGAAGUCAUAGACAAGCAAUCACGGGAGCAGAGCCAGAUGAAGGAGCGCCUGGCCACCCUCUCCAGCCAUGUGGCGGAGCUGGAGGAGGAUCUGGACACAGCUAGAAAAGAUCUCAUCAAGUCUGAGGAGAUGAACACGAAACURCAACGAGAUGUCCGUGAAGCCAUGGCCCAGAAGGAGGACAUGGAGGAGAGAAUCACGACCCUCGAGAAACGCUACCUCGCUGCACAGCGUGAAGCCACAUCUGUGCAUGACCUCAAUGAUAAGCUUGAAAACGAAAUCGCAAACAAAGACUCUCUGCAUCGGCAGACAGAGGAUAAAAACCGGCAGUUGCAGGAGCGCCUGGAGCUGGCGGAGCAGAAGCUGCAGCAGACCCUCAGGAAGGCUGAGACGCUUCCGGAGGUGGAAGCGGAGCUGGCCCAGAGGGUGGCGGCACUCUCCAAGUCUGACCCUUUGUCUUCUGGGAGCUCUGCUGCUAAGGAAGCUAAAGUGUUGGAACUUACUUCCAAGCUUAGGAAGGCUGAAGAGAGACACGGUAACAUCGAAGAAAGGCUGCGGCAGAUGGAGGCGCAGCUGGAGGAGAAGAAUCAGGAGCUGCAGCGGGCGAGACAGAGAGAAAAAAUGAAUGAAGAACAUAACAAACGUCUCUCAGACACUGUUGACAAGCUCCUUUCAGAAUCCAACGAGAGGCUGCAGCUCCAUCUGAAGGAGAGGAUGGCUGCGCUGGAGGACAAGAAUUCUCUACUGCGAGAAGUUGAAAAUGCAAAAAAGCAAUUAGAAGAAACACAACAUGAUAAGGACCAGCUCGUCUUGAACAUCGAGGCCUUGAGGGCUGAACUAGACCAGAUGAGACUGAGAGGUGCUUCACUUCAUCAUGGCCGCCCCCACCUGGGCAGUGUCCCAGACUUCAGGUUCCCUGUGGCAGAUGGGCACACAGAUGCCUACAGCACCAGUGCAGUGUUACGGCGCCCCCAGAAAGGCCGGCUGGCAGCGCUGCGGGACGAACCUUCCAAGGUACAGACUCUCAAUGAGCAGGAUUGGGAGCGUGCCCAGCAAGCCAGCGUCUUGGCAAAUGUGGCACAAGCAUUUGAGAGUGACCUUGAUGUGUCUGAUGGGGAAGAUGACAGGGACACUCUGCUCAGCUCAGUGGACCUGUUAUCACCCAGCGGGCAGGCUGAUGCGCAGACACUGGCCAUGAUGCUUCAGGAGCAGCUGGAUGCCAUCAACAAGGAGAUCAGGUUGAUACAGGAAGAAAAGGAAAACACAGAGCAGCGGGCAGAGGAGAUCGAGAGUCGAGUCGGCAGUGGAAGCUUGGACAACCUUGGUCGUUUUAGAUCAAUGAGCUCCCUUCCCCCCUACCCUGCUUCCUCCCUCGCUGGCUCCUCCCCCCCAGGCAGUGGGCGCUCCACCCCAAGAAGGGUCCCUCACAGCCCCGCUCGGGAGGUGGACAGGCUGGGCGUCAUGACACUGCCUAGUGACUUACGGAAGCACCGUAGAAAGUUACCGGCUUCCAGGGAAGAGGUACGAGAUGACAAGGCCACUAUCAAAUGUGAAACCUCCCCGCCCUCUUCCCCGCGAUCACUGCGGCUGGACAGGCUGCACCGAGGGGCCUUGCAUGCAGCUAGCCAGGAGGACGUCAGGGACGUACGAAACUCCACUGGCUCCCAGGAUGGCCCUGUGAGCAAUCCCAGCAGUAGCAACAGUAGCCAGGACUCACUUCACAAAGCCCCAAAGAAGAAGGGCAUCAAGUCGUCUAUUGGCCGCUUGUUUGGCAAGAAAGAAAAGGGCCGACCUGGACAGACUGGCAAGGAACCUUCAGGACAAGCUGGUGUUUCAGAGACAGAAAACUCAUCUCAAGAUGCACUGGGACUUAGCAAAUUGGGAGGACAGGCUGAAAAAAAUCGCAAACUUCAGAAAAAGCAUGAGUUGCUGGAGGAGGCCCGGCGGCAAGGCUUACCAUUCGCGCAGUGGGACGGACCGACGGUGGUCGUGUGGCUGGAGCUCUGGGUUGGGAUGCCCGCCUGGUACGUGGCUGCCUGCCGAGCAAAUGUGAAAAGCGGGGCCAUUAUGUCAGCCCUGUCCGACACCGAGAUCCAGCGGGAGAUUGGCAUCAGCAACCCCCUGCACAGGUUGAAGCUGCGGCUGGCCAUCCAGGAGAUCAUGUCGCUGACCAGCCCAUCUGCCCCUCCCACGUCGAGAACGACCACAGGAAAUGUCUGGUUGACACACGAGGAGAUGGAGACCCUUGCUGCCACGCCACACACGACGCUCGCCUAUGGGGACAUGAACCACGAGUGGAUCGGCAACGAGUGGCUGCCCAGCCUGGGCCUCCCUCAGUACCGCAGCUACUUCAUGGAGUGCCUGGUGGAUGCCAGGAUGCUGGACCACCUGACCAAGAAGGACCUGCGGGGGCAGCUGAAGAUGGUAGACAGCUUUCACAGGAACAGCUUCCAGUGCGGAAUCAUGUGCCUGCGAAGGUUGAAUUAUGACCGGAAAGAACUGGAGAGGAAGAGGGAGGAGAGUCAGAAUGAAWUAAAAGAUGUGCUUGUUUGGAGCAACGAUCGAGUGAUUCGCUGGAUCUUGUCGAUUGGACUUAAAGAAUAUGCAAACAAUCUCAUAGAGAGCGGCGUUCACGGGGCACUUCUUGCUUUGGAUGAGACCUUUGAUUUCAACGCACUGGCACUGUUAUUGCAGAUCCCAACCCAGAACCCCCAGGCUCGAGCGGUCCUGGAAAGAGAGUUUAACAACCUUUUGGUCAUGGGGACCGACAGAAGGUUUGAUGAGGAUGAUGACAAAAGCUUCAGGAGAGCACCUUCGUGGAGGAAGAAGUUCAGACCAAAGGACAUCCGGGGCUUGGCGGCCGGGUCAGCAGAGACACUUCCGGCCAACUUCCGGGUUACUUCUUCUAUGUCCUCCCCCUCUAUGCAGCCAAAGAAGAUGCAGCUGGACGGCAGUGUAUCGGGAGCACAGAGGUUGGAUUCUGCUACAGUCAGGACUUACUCCUGCUGAAGCCUCCUCCGUGUACCCGCACUACUUCUACAGAUGACCCAGCCUUCUGAAUCCAGCAGACGACAGUUUAGAAUUCAAUGGAUCUUUAAUCUGUUGAUACUCCUUAUAUGGACCCUAAGAUAUUUUAUUACAGAGUUUUUAACUAGUUGAAAAAUUCAAGAAUAUCAUAGAGAAAAUAUUUUAGAAUUUACUGUUUCUUAUAUUUAUGUGAACUCGGCUCCUCCUGGCGUAGUUACUGCUUCCCCCCGGGUCCAGACUCUGGGUGCCCUCYCGUUCGUGGCUUAUCCUAAUGGCAGUCCUUCACGUGAAUGUACUGUAAUGCUUGUAUGUAUUGAUCCUAUGAACAAAUGUAGGGCUUUUGUAAAUUAUGCACUUAUUGUAAUUAUACUGUUUAAUUUUUUAAUGAUAAACCAGGACAGAGAGAAGGAUUUUACUGCGUUUAUAAAAUCAUCGUGACACAGCAGUGUCAUAGCAUCAUCCUUUACCAGCUCACACAAUCAUUUUGAAAUAAGCAGACUUAAUUUCAAGAGAUUACUGUUGGAUUUUAAUGACCAACCUUAACUAUACUUUUUCUAUCAAGAAAUCUCAGCUUCUGAUAAACUUGGGGCUGAAGGGUUGAGAACACUGUGGAAGUCCCCAACCCUGGCUCAGCUUCCCCACCCAGUCUCUGGACUUGAAGGCUUGCCCUGGCACUGACUGCAGCUGGGAGCCGCAGGGAGCCGCUCAGCGGGACCUGGGGCCUGGGGCGCCUCCGUCCAGGCAGCAGGUGGGGGCGCCCUCCAGCUGCUCUUGAGGACCAAUCCAGCACUGUGGCUCGCUGGCUCCCAGAGGUGGUCUCCUGGCGAGGGCGAGGGCAGGGCUCCUGAAACCGCGUACAACUCUAACAAAGGCCUUAUUUUUCUUGUGUAAAUCUUGUUUUUACAUUUGUUUGUACACAUGUUUAAAGAAUGAACCUCGUGGUGCAUUUUUAGACUUGGAUGGUGUAGCCAUUUUGCAUUGUCUGAGUAGCAGAUGUAACUUACUUUUUAAACGGCACAUUAAAAGCCAGCCCGGAGAGUCAGAUCAUGGUGUUAUUUAUUAGCAGCUGAUGUGCAGAUGGAGGGCGCUGUCUCUUUACAUUUGGCUUCUGCUUUUGAUUCACUUGUACAAUUCAUUGUUACUGUUGUGUUUUUCUAUUAAUCUUCUGUGGACUUCCUGAUUAUGUAACAAAGUAUGUACAGUCUACUUUUGAACUAUUUUUA